AUGAUCUCCCUCAACUGGAUAGCAACAAGGCUUGGUUCCCCAUCCUGGGCGUUGGACCUUGCGCUUCCGGGUCGAGGAGUGGACGUCGCAUUCCCCGGGAUAGAGGUGUUUGGAGUUCCCUAUACAGGUUCAGUCAUAUUUAUGAUCAACUUUGCGAAAUUCCCACAGACGGUGCCAACUAUUGGAGCAGGAUUUCUUUCAAGAAGAAAUACCUCCACAGGUUCUUGA